UCCUUAUCUGCGUCAACGACAUACCUCCUCUCAUAGCCGCUGUCGCACCACCAAUCCUUAAACUAUGUGCCGUAAAACGACCCCUAAUUCCUGUAUACUCUAUCAUAUGCUUUACCACCGCUGCAACUGCUGCUACCGACAUUCCCCCACCGUUAUUCGAUAAAAACAAGGGCCUAUCCUCUACUAAUUUACUACCCGUAGGCUCAACCGGCACAAACCUACCAUUCGCAAAAGGGUCGUUCUUAGCUUUUCUUACCCUUAAUCACAACAACCCGAUCUUCGUUCCACAUCCUUCAACCUCAAUUCACACAACUCUCCCGGCCUACACAUCGUACAAAAACCUAUUGACACUAAAGCCAAAUUCCUACACCACAUUAUCGGGUCCACGUUCCCUUGAGGACUAUCAUGCAAUCGUCUUAAUGCCUCCAAUGGGAACGGACCCCGAGGCCAUUCCGAAUCGUGGUCCUGAGCUUUCAACAACUUGA